CCCGUGCACCGGUGCUGCUCAUACCAGUAACUGCCUUACACUCGUCGACACGUCCUGCAACGUAGCACGGAUAAUGAGCACUGCAGCGCUGUUCCUGGUUACUAUAAUGCUUCAUACUGUCAUGUCGGCACCACAACAGAUUAGUUCUCAACAAGCUACCAUUUUGGAACAGUUCAACAACUUCAAUGGCAUCGGUCCCUGGCACUGGAGCUUCACUCUGAGUGACGGUAGCAGGCGAGAUGAGAGUGGGGCAGUGGAAGACGGAGCGCUGGUGGUGAGCGGUUCCUACAAGUGGAAAGACCCGGCAGGGUCGGUCCAUGUGGUGCACUACGUUGCCGACAGAGAGGGCUACAGAACGUUGGCGGGGUUUGGCCUGGGCACGAACGCAGCACUCACGCUGGUCGGAAAAUGACCGCUGGGCCAUCGCUGCAGAAACAUUACUCAGGGACGCGUCAGGCAGCCUGACGUAAGAGGUCACUGGAUAAAAGCUGCAGAAUAGUCUAGUGCAAUACUCCUGCGCUAAGAAAUUAACAGAAACCCUCAACUCACAGUUAGUACGUAGUACUAUAUGAAUAAACAGCGAAUAUUAACAGCUGUGGCUUUGUUUAACUGCUGUGUGGGUGAAGCAUUCUGUGGUCUCCUUCUUUAUCUAUAGAAAUAUUGCCACUUAUUCAUUCAUUCAUUCGUUGCUAGUGUUUCAAGACACUACAGCGUUCCGACCCUUCCGUAAUUAAUUAACCUGUUAGGACAGAUAUGGAAUGCUCCAGCCGUGACACUCUAAGGCGUGGGACACGUUAACAUCGCAUGAUGUUCUUUGAGAAUCGUUGCUUGUGGAGAGAUACGUUGAGUACUUCGAGAGAAAACACACCAUAGCCGUGCGGUCUAGGGCAUCUUGUCACGGUUCGUGGGGCUACCCCGUCGGAGGUUCGAGUCCUUCCUCGGGCAUGGGUGUGUGUGUUGUCCUUAGCGUAAUGUAGUUUAAGUUAGAUUAAGUAGUGCGUAACCCUGGGGACCGAUGACCUCCCCUGUUUGGUCCCAUAGGCCUUACUACAAAUUUCCAAUUUUCCAAAACACACCAGUAUUUUCUCCAGAUGCUCUGGUAGCCUGAUUGGGGAGAUGUAUGCUUACC